CUACCGUUCAUGGCACGAGUUUAAGCCUUAUUUGUUUAAUUUUACAACAAUUAUCAAAAACAUAUCUCCUUUUUUCCUCUCGAGUUCCCGAUAUUUGUUGGUGAUUGAUUUCCUAAAUUCGAAGAAUUUUGAAGGAAAAAAUAAUAUAAAAACAAAGAAAGCUCCCUCUUUGUGAAUCGAAUCGAUGAUGCUGAGAGUGGCGACGAGGAGGCUCUCUUCUCUCACUUCAUGUCCGUUUGCGUGGAGGCCCCACCAGGCUUCUUCCGCAAUCCUCUCGCACCCUUUAAUCAACUGCGCCGAUUCUUCCGAUGAUCUCAGAUCCAGCUCCGCUUUCUCUUUCGCUUCUCACUUCCUUCUUCCCACCAGAGGUUUUGCUUCUGAGUCACUCACCCCAAAAAGUGAAAAAAGUGUGAUUCCUGAUGCUCCAUCAACAGUGAAAGCUAUUAAGAACCCCACUUCUAAAAUAGUCUAUGAUGAAUACAACCACGAACGUUUUCCUCCAGGUGACCCCAGCAAGCGGGCAUUUGCUUAUUUUGUCCUGACUGGUGGUAGGUUCGUAUAUGCAUCUCUUAUCCGUCUACUUAUCCUAAAGUUUGUGCUGAGCAUGUCAGCCAGUAAGGAUGUUCUUGCAAUGGCUUCUCUUGAGGUUGAUCUCUCCAGCAUUGAACCUGGCAGCACUGUAACUGUUAAGUGGCGUGGAAAGCCAGUCUUUAUCAGGCGCAGAACAGAGGAGGAUAUCAAGCUGGCAAACAGUGUUGAUUUAGGAUCUCUUCGUGAUCCACAAGAGGAUGCUGUCAGGGUUAAGAAUCCAGAGUGGCUAAUUGUUGUUGGGGUCUGCACACAUCUGGGUUGCAUUCCCCUACCAAAUGCCGGUGAUUUUGGUGGAUGGUUCUGCCCUUGCCAUGGUUCUCAUUACGAUGUCUCUGGCAGGAUACGCAAGGGGCCAGCACCGUACAACCUGGAGGUACCCACUUACACCUUCUUGGAUGAGAACAAGUUGCUGAUCGGUUGAGAAUAGCAGUGUAAUCAAACAUAGGUCGCAUGGAAUCUGCUAAGUUUUAAAUUUUAUCAGAUAAUGCUAAAGACUUGUUUCAGAUCUUUGCUUUUGCUGCCCUUGAUUUUCAGGGCACUGUUGGGGGGUUUUUUUUUAUGGCUGCUGCCAGUUGGUUUUGUUCUUAAUUUUGAAUAAGUUCCCUGGAUUUUGCUGAGCGUUGGUGCUCUUUAGACCGACUGUUCCAGGAUGCUGUUAUUUAAUUUUUUGGAUUACAUAUUGUACCA